CCUGUCACGUUUUGGUCUGACACUUGACAGUUCGAUGUCGGAGAUUCUUCUCAGCUGUUGUUGUGAUAUUCAAUGUUUCAUACGGCCAAAUUAAAUAAAUGAACAUGUUUCACAGGAGCAAUUUAUUUAAUACACUUAAAAAUUUGCAUAAAUGGACUGAUGUUCAUAGGAAAUACAGCCCCAUAGCAGCUGUUUUAGAUAAGCCGAACGUCGGCAAUGUUACCGAAAUAAAGGGCUGGAUCAAGAAUUUACGAAAGCAGAAAGACCUGAUUUUCGCUGAUGUGAGUGACGGAUCUUGUGCUCAAAAAUUACAAAUAGUAAUCCCAAAAAAUCUCACAUCUGACUCAUUAACUUAUGGUUCCUCUGUCCAUAUAACUGGAAAAUUAUCAAAAAGCCCUCGAGGACAAUUGGAACUUGUCGCUGAUGACGUAAAGGUAUUAGGUACAUGUGUGGUCCUUGAUGGAUACCCUUUCAACCCCAGGACAACACAUCCACCAGAAUAUUCACGUCAAUAUCUCCAUUUAAGACCAAGAACGAACUACACAUCAGCUGUUUUAAGAGUAAGAAGUGCAGUAACAAAGCACAUACAUGAUUACUUUGCUGCAAAGAAUUACACAAAUAUUCACACACCUAUACUAACUUCUAAUGAUUGUGAAGGAGCAGGGGAGGUGUUUAAAAUACAACCAGAUAGUGAAGAGACAGUAAAAGCCAUGAUGCAAGAGGGUAAAGAUAAGGAUUCUGUGUACUUUGGGUCAAAGACAUUCCUCACAGUAUCAGGACAGUUGCAGCUAGAAGCUGUGUGUAGAGGCAUGGGAAAUGUCUAUACAUUUGGGCCUACUUUUAGAGCAGAAAACUCAAGAUCAAGGCUGCAUUUAUCUGAGUUUUACAUGUUGGAAGCAGAGCUAGCUUUUUGUGAUACUUUACAACAUUUACAGGCAGCAAUAGAAGACUUAAUGAAGUAUGUCUUCAUACAAACUUGGAACUCACAUGAGGCUGAUUUAUUUUUAAUAGAUAAGGAGAACAAGCCUCCUCUGUGGCUUGAUAAAGAUUUUGUAACACUUACCUAUGAUGAAGCCAAAGAGAUUUUGGAGAAAAAAGGGAGUGUAUUUACUGAAGAAGGUAUAAAUAAGGAGCAAGAGUUGACUCUGGUUGAACACUGCAAUGGUCUGCCAGUAUUUAUAGUAAAAUGGCCAAAGGCUAUGAAAUCAUUUUAUAUGAAGGAAUGUUCAGAUGACUGUACAAAGGUUGAUGCUCUAGAUCUGUUAACACCAAUAACAGGUGAAGUCGUUGGAGGCAGUCUAAGAGAAGACAAUUAUGAAAAACUGAAGUCAAAGCUGCCAUCAGAUAGACUAAACUGGUAUUUAGAACUGAGAAAGUUUGGUAACAUAUCCACGGGGGGAUAUGGAAUGGGCUUAGAAAGGUUAUUACAAGUGUUAUGCAAUGUUAAUAAUAUUAAGGACACAUUGCCCUUUCCAAGAUGGCCACAUAACUGUAGUAUGUAAGUUUAUCAAUGUUGAAGUCUAUUGAUCAAGGGAAUCACCACACAUAUUUUAUUUUUUUGUGCUAGAACUCUAUGGAUGUCUAAAAUGUUUAGUGACCAUUAAAUCAUGUUGAGAUUUGAGAAUUUUAUGAGAUUGUAAAUAAAUUGAAUGAGUGAAAUGUU